UCGCAGGCGCCGCUGCGCCGCAGUCUUCAGAGAGCGGCGCCCGGGUCGCAGCUACCGGGCGCGCCGACCGCAAGGGUCCCCACAGAGACCCGCCACUGUUGCCGCCCGCGCCUCCGCCCGCUUCGCCAUGAGGGUCCUGGGUGGGCGCUGCGGGGCGCUGCUGGCGUGCCUCGCCCUAGCGCUUCCCGUCUUGGAGGCGAACUUUUUGUCAAAGCAACAUGCUUCACAGGUCCUGAUUAGGAAACGCCGAGCAAAUUCUAUGCUUGAAGAAAGGAAACAAGGUAAUCUUGAAAGAGAAUGCAUUGAAGAACUGUGCAGUAAAGAAGAAGCCAGGGAGGUCUUUGAAAAUGACCCUGAAACGGAAUAUUUUUAUCCAGCGUAUUUAGCUUGUCUUGGCUCUUUCCGUGCUGGAUUAUUUACUGCUGCCCGGCUGUCAACUAAUGCUUACCCUGACCUAAGGAGCUGUGUCAAUGCCAUUCCAGACCAGUGUAAUCCUCUGCCAUGCAAUGAAGAUGGAUAUUUGACCUGCAAAGAUGGCCAAGCUAUGUUCACUUGCAUUUGUAAAUCAGGUUGGGAAGGAGAGAAGUGUGAAUUGGAUAUAAAUGAAUGCAAAGAUCCUGCAAAUAUAAAUGGAGGUUGCAGCCAGAUUUGUGAUAAUACACCUGGAAGUUACCACUGUUCCUGUAAAAGUGGUUUUAUUAUGCUUUCAAAUAAAAAGGACUGCAAAGAUGUGGAUGAAUGCUCUGUGAAACCAAGCAUUUGUGGCACAGCUGUGUGCAAGAACAUCCCAGGAGACUUUGAAUGUGAAUGCCCUGAAGGCUACAGAUACAAUCCCACAUUAAAGUAUUGUGAAGAUGUGGAUGAAUGCUCUGAGAACAUGUGUGCUCAACUUUGUGUAAAUUACCCUGGAGGUUACUCUUGUUACUGUGAUGGGAAGAGAGGAUUCAAACUUGCCCAAGAUCAGAAGAGUUGUGAGGCUGUUCCAGUGUGCCUUCCUUUGAACCUUGACAAAAAUUAUGAAUUGCUUUACUUGGCAGAGCAGUUUGUAGGGGUUGUUUUGUAUUUAAAAUUUCGUUUGCCAGAAAUCACCAGAUUUUCAGCUGAAUUUGAUUUCCGGACAUAUGAUUCAGAAGGUGUUAUCCUGUAUGCAGAAUCUUCUGAUCAUUCAGCUUGGUUCCUGAUUGCACUUCGUGAUGGAAAGAUUGAAAUUCAGUUUAAGAAUGAACAUACAACCAAAAUCACAACUGGAGGCAGAGUUAUUAAUGAUGGUCUAUGGAAUAUGGUCUCUGUGGAAGAAUUAGAGCAGAGUAUUAGUGUAAAAAUAGCUAAAGAAGCUGUAAUGAAUAUAAAUAAACCUGAAAGCCUUUUUAAGCCUACCAAUGGGUUUCUAGAAACCAAAGUAUACUUUGCGGGACUACCUCGGAAAGUGGAGAAUGCACUCAUUAAACCGAUUAACCCUCGUCUAGAUGGAUGUAUUCGAGGCUGGAAUCUGAUGAAUCAAGGAGCUUCAGGAGUGAAGGAAAUCAUUCAAGAAAAACAAAAUAAGCAUUGUCUUGUCACUGUGGAGAAGGGUUCCUACUAUCCUGGUUCUGGAGUUGCUCAAUUUAGCAUAGAUUAUAAGAAUGUAUCCAGUGCUGGGGCUUGGCAAGUAAAUGUGUCCUUGAAUAUUCGCCCAUCAGCAGGCACUGGUGUUAUGUUGGCCUUGGUUUCUGGUAACACAGUGCCUUUUGCCUUGUCCUUGGUGGACUCCGCCACUGAAAAGCUUCAGGAUAUCGUGGUAUCUGUUGAAAAUGUGGAAAUAGCUCGAAUAAAGGCCUUAAGUCUGUGUUCCAGUCUACAAUCCCUUCUGGAAAUGAGAGUCAGUGUAAACAGUUUGGAGCUAUUGACUCAAUUUGAAAAACGUAGGAUCUCCUCUGAAGACUAUCAGGGACAAUUUGCCAUCUUGGAUAAAGCAAUGGAAGGAACAGUGGCCACUUACCUGGGUGGCCUUCCAGAUGUUCCAUUCAGUGCCACACCAGUGAACGCCUUUUAUAAUGGCUGCAUGGACGUGAUCAUUAACGGUGUACCGUUGGAUCUGGAUGAAGCCAUUGCUAAACAUAACGAUAUUAGAGCUCAUUCAUGUCCAUCAGUUUGGAAGAACACAAGGAAUACUUAAGGCAUCUUUUCUCUGCUGAUAUCUUUUUCCUGUGUAUAAUUAUACUUAUGUUUCAAUACUAGUUGAAGGGUUCAACUUGUGAUGUGCAGACCUUGAUUAUUUUGUGGUAUUUUAACCUUUCUGGAAUUUUAAAAAGGUCCUUUUUCAAGAAAACAGGGUUCUUUUGUGAUAUAAAUCACAUUAAAAAAUUCUUAUCUCUGUUGCUGUCUAGAAAUUAAAUAAUGAAACAUAAACAAUUUUAAUUUGAAUGUUUUGCUACAAAUGGCAUUUCUUCAUUUUUAUGUUUGUAAAAGUAAAAUGUAAUUUUAUCAUCAUGAACCAGUGGUUUUGUUUUGUUUUGUUUGGUCUUUUUAGGGCCACACCUGCAGCAUAUGGAAGUUUCCAGGCUAGGGGUCGAAUGGGAGUUACGCUGCUGGCCUAUGCCACAAAAACUCACUAUUUAAGCCAGGUCUGCAACCUAAAGCAUAGCUCAUGGCAAUGGCAUAUCCUUAAACCACCUAGGGAGGCCAGGGAUCAAACCCUUGUCUCAUGUUUACUAGUCAGGUUUGUUAUCACUGAGCCAUGACGGGAACUCCCAGGAAACAGUGUUUAAACAUCCUCUUUUUUGGAGUUCUUGUCAUGGCUCAGUGGUUAACGAACCCGACUAGGAACCAUGAGGUUACGGGUUCGAUCCCUGGCCUUGCUCAGUGGGUUAAGGAUUCGGCAUUGCCGUUAGCUGUGGUGUAGGUUGCAGACGCGGAUCGGAUCCUGCGUGGCUGUGGCUCUGGCUUAGGCUGGUGGCUACAGCUCCGAUUCGACCCCUAGCCUGGGAACCUCCAUAUGCCACGGGAGCGGUCCUAAAAAAGACAAAAAAAAAAAAAGUAUAUAUUUUUUUGUGGGACGACAAGGAAGUUAAACCCUUGUUGGAGCCGAACAAAAGUGCACGUGACUAAAUAACGUUGUUAUCAGCCCUCCCAAGUCGGUUCCCAAGGAUUCUUCAGCCCCACAUCCUUGGAGCCAAUAGGAGACUGAGUUGAGUUCAGAAGCAAAGGGAAACUUUAUUCUUGGAUCAGAGAAUGGAGUGCACUGUGGUGCACUAACUCUCCUGGACAGGCCUUUGGCGGGCUGCUUUGUAGGAAUCUCCUUAGCAGGGAGGGGCGGAGUUCUAGCGGGCCGCGCAGCUGUGCUGCUCACGCCCCACAUCCCGCACUGAGCGCAGCCUCUCUGCACUCGGCAGCCGCUGCCGCCGCCAUCUUGAAUUCAGUAUGCCAAGCAGAGCUACGCGUCCUGAGCUGUGGUGUCCGGGAAGAGCUGUUGCACACAAGGAAGUCUGUUCUGAAGGGCUGAGUGCGAGACUCCCCUGAGCAGGUGAAACAAGACUAAGCACAGAGGAUGAGACGAAGGUUAGAUUUUAUUUUAUUACCCAGAUUCUAUUUUUAUUUCCCAGGUUUUGUUAAUGGAUUUGCUGGUAACACUGUUGAUCAUAGUCGAUACUUUUUUUGUUUCCAUUUUUUCCUAAUGAUGGCAGAAGAGACAUUGGCAUGUUAAGUAUGAGUUGAGUGGAAGGCCUCAAAGCUUUAUUCCAGGAAAAUCCCUCAGGGGUUCCAGCUUUGACUUCCUUUUUCUUUCACCUGAUUUCACCUGGUUUGAACCAGUAGCUUUACUGAGUUGGGAAAUAAGUGGGAUAAAUUUUUGUGAGAGCAGCACAUGAAUAUUGCUGGUUAAUAAUUGGAUUUUAUGAGGAGGAUAUACUAGAUUGCGUUGGAGUAAGUGUAGAAACCUGGGAUCGGUACAUUCCUUAAAUUUGGCUGUGUGGGUCACAUAAGCUAUAGAUUAGAAAAGGCAGAACCUAAUGAUGGAAAGAAUGAUUGAGAGAAUUAAAAAUAUGGAAGUUCAUAGUUUUCCAUGAAUCAAACUUUAAUUACCAGAGCAAGUUGCCAGAAUUUGAUUUUUGAAUAACAAAAGAAACUAUGAAAACUAGAACAAAUUUUAAUGAAAGCAUAACCAGUGAGGGACGUGAUUCAUAUUGUCUUUGUAAUAUCAUAUCUUUGGAGUAAAGGAGUAAGAUUGCUAUGUACUUGCUGGUAAUACAAUUCAAGUGGCAGUUUUAUCCCUCUCAGACCUACCAUUCACAUUAGGUAUAUAUCGUAUGCUUCAUUGACAGUUUUAGAAAAUAAACUUUUUUAUCCACUGUAAGUAUCUUACAUCAUGUAAAACAUAAUUCAUUGGUGAUAUUUUGAAAAUGUAUAGGAAUAAUAUCUAUAUUCUAUCAAGUCUUUGAAUAGAACAUAAAAUUACAUAAUAUAUAUGCAACUCUUCAUAUCCCACAGUAGUUCUUUAGGAAAGACAGAUGAAACUCAAAUAUUUGAUCAAUAGCUAUGGUUAAGUCGUAUAGACUGGAGCUCAGAAAGGGAAGAAAAGCAAAACUAAUGUGUAUUAACUGUUUGACACCUUCCAGAAAUUGUGCUAGAUCAUCUUACUGGAUGUAACUUCUCUGCUGGUUGCCACCAUGUUCUAUGGGUGACAAAUUUCAUUAAGCAACUAUUGAUAGUUACUUUAAUGUGAAAAAAGCAAGUAAGUGGUAAAACUGAAAGUGUGUGAAAAGCAAAAAAAAAAAAAAAAAAAGGAAGGGGAAAAAAAUGAAUUUUCUUUGGGAAAGAGUUCUCUGAUACUCAUUUGUUUAUGCCCAGAUACAAGGACAUCUAUAGGAAUUAAUUUCACAUUUUCCAUGAAAAACAGAAACUUCCCAACAUGCAGUGAUCUUCAUAGAGGCUUAUUUAUAAACUGCAUCUGUCUUUGAAAUGCCUUUACAUACGACUUAGAAAGAAAAAGGCUCUAGAUCUUAGAUCUCAAUCUUUGCCAAGAUAUACAAAUUCCUACUUUUAAAUAGUUGUAGGGAAGAGUGGUUUCAUGAAGGCCGAUUCGAAUAUUUAGUGCUAUUUAAGCUUUGUGUCAUGAAAAAAAUCUAAGUGACAAGGUCAUUACAAAGUCCCCAAGACCUUAUCAUUUGCAGAGCUGGGUUACAGAUUAGUGAAAAUAAUAGUUAAUUUGUGAGAAUAGAGUUAUUCACCUCAUUCUUCUGUUGGAAAUUCUAAUUCUUGUCUUCUUAUUUGCCAUAUCAGUCUUGUAAAGUAUUUCCAAUUUUCUUUUCAUUCUGAAACUGGUGUUAUUGCUGGAGAGAGAAAUUUUUGGUAUAUUUGAUUAAUAAUGGUCUUACUUCUUUUAGAAAUCCCUUAGCCUUUUAAUCUCUAUGGUUAGUAAAAAAGACUGUUAUAUUUAAAAUAAUUUUGCUUCAGAUUUCUUGAUAUUGCUGUUAAUAAUAUGAGCUUGGGAGAAGACAGGCACUCUGGAACCUCUAGGGACAAGUGUGAUCAAUUUGUAAUUUUUCAGCAACAAAUAUUCAUUGAGCACCUACUCUGUGCAUGUGGAGUGAAAUAUCUGAAGAGUUGAGUUCGACUGAAUAGGGAUUGACAGUACUCAGUAGGUUUGUGGUAGACCUCAAACUCCGGUUCCUUGAAGUUACAAAGCCUGUCCUUUUAGGUUGUCCCAAAGAAAUUGAAGCAAUAAAACUUAAUCAGUGCUCC